UACACUUAUAAGUGGGUGAAUUUUAUAGUAUGUAAACUAUAACUCAGUAAAGCUGUUAAAAAAAAAUCCUGCCCUUGGCCUCAAGACCCUGUCCAGUUGGGACCCUGCCACCUUCGUAGCCACACCUCGCACCCACUUCCCUUUUUCUUAGGAACCCUUUCAGGCUUGUGUCCCCUUUGGUAACCUCUCCUUAACUCACAGGCUAGCAGUCCCCUCCUCCUGGAAGAUCCCCGAAGCCCUACUUGGUCCCCUUCUCACUCUCACUCACACUGGUUCUUGUAACCCUCAGUCUAGCUCCUGUGCACUCCUCCAGGGCAGUGCUGGGUCUGUAUCCUGCACCAUCUCCCCAGUGCCACAGGGCAUGGGGCUGCUGAAGGGUAGGCAGUAGGGGGAUGUGUCCAACCACACAUCUAGAACAUUUCACUGUGGGCCACCUGUGUGCAUGUCUACAUGCAGACAGGACCAUCCCUCCCGACAGUGCCCACCCCACCCCCAAGGCCAUGUGGCCUGAAGGGCUCAGGACAGCCUGCUGGGGAUGAAUCCUGACUCCCUUGGGGCUAAAGGUGGAGUGAGGGCACUGCCAUCACCUCUGGUGACCUCACUACCAGCUGGCAUUAUGAUAUCACUGGCCCAGCAUUCCGAGCUCCUGCCUGGACAUCUCCAAGGCCCCCCCAGGUGGGGGUGCCCCUCUGGAGUCUGUGACAGCUCUCCCCACUGACCACGUAAAGAGUGAAGAUAGUUUCACGUGGACACCUGACCAUGUGCCUGCCCUGAGCUGCGAGGCCCACCAGGCAUCUUUGUUGUGGGCAGCAGGGCCCAGCGUUCAUCUGUGGACACCCCACGGUUGGCAGGUUCUCCCAGCAGUGGGGUCUGGGCCUCGACCCCACCAUGUCGAGCCUCGGCAGUGGCCCGCAGGACACCGGCGGCAGUAGCAGCAGCAAUGCCAAUGGCAGCAGUGGCAGUGGCCCAAAGGCGGGAGCAGCUGACAAGAGUGCAGCGGUGGCCGCAACUACGCCAGCUUCAGUGGCGGAUGACGCACCGCCCCCCGAGCGUCGGAACAAGAGCGGCAUUAUCAGUGAACCCCUCAAUAAGAGCCUGCGUCGCUCCCGCCCUCUCUCCCACUACUCUUCCUUUGGGGGCAGUGGGGGCAGUGGCGGUGGCACCAUGAUGGGCGGGGAGUCUGCUGAAAAGGCUGCUGCGGCCGCAGCUGCUGCCUCCCUGUUGGCCAAUGGGCACGACCUGGCGGCAGCCAUGGCUGUGGACAAAAGCAACCCUACCUCAAAGCACAAAAGUGGUGCUGUGGCCAGCCUGCUGAGCAAGGCGGAGAGGGCCACGGAGCUGGCAGCCGAGGGACAGCUGACGCUGCAGCAGUUUGCGCAGUCCACGGAGAUGCUGAAGCGCGUGGUGCAGGAGCACCUGCCGCUGAUGAGUGAGGCGGCCGCUGGCCUGCCCGACAUGGAGGCUGUGGCGGGCGCUGAAGCCCUCAAUGGCCAGUCCGACUUCCCCUACCUGGGCGCCUUCCCCAUCAACCCAGGCCUCUUCAUCAUGACCCCGGCAGGCGUGUUCCUGGCCGAGAGUGCGCUGCACAUGGCCGGCCUGGCCGAGUACCCCAUGCAGGGAGAGCUGGCCUCCGCCAUCAGCUCGGGCAAGAAGAAGCGGAAACGCUGCGGCAUGUGUGCGCCCUGCCGGCGGCGCAUCAACUGCGAGCAGUGCAGCAGUUGUAGGAACCGAAAGACUGGCCAUCAGAUUUGCAAAUUCAGAAAAUGUGAGGAACUCAAAAAGAAGCCUUCCGCUGCUCUGGAGAAGGUGAUGCUUCCGACGGGAGCCGCCUUCCGGUGGUUUCAGUGACGGCGGCGGGAACCCAAAGCUGCCCUCUCCGUGCAAUGUCACUGCUCGUGUGGUCUCCGGCAAGGGAUUCGGGCGAAGACAAACGGAUGCACCCGUCUUUAGAACCAAAAAUAUUCUCUCACAGAUUUCAUUCCUGUUUUUAUAUAUAUUUUUGUUGUUGUCGUUUUAACAUCUCCACGUCCCUAGUAUAAAAAGAAAAAGAAAAGAAAAAAAAAAUUUAACUGCUUUUUCGGAAGAACAACGACAAAAAAGAGGUAAAGACGAAUCUAUAAAGUACCGAGACUUCCUGGGCAAAGAAUGGACAAUCAGUUUCCUUCCUGUGUCGAUGUCGAUGUUGUCUGUGCAGGAGAUGCAGUUUUUGUGUAGAGAAUGUAAAUUUUCUGUAACCUUUUGAAAUCUAGUUACUAAUAAGCACUACUGUAAUUUAGCACAGUUUAACUCCACCCUCAUUUAAACUUCCUUUGAUUCUUUCCGACCAUGAAAUAGUGCAUAGUUUGCCUGGAGAAUCCACUCAUGUUUAUAAAGAGAAUGUUGACGGCGCCGUGUCAAAGCCCCUCUGUAUCCGUCCACGCGGGCAGAGCCACUGCGAGGAGGUCACAGAGAGGGAGGGAGCAGCCCACCCACCCCCAUGCCCAGGCCAGCCAUGCUGCACCCAUGGUCCCCAAAAUGGGACCCCCACCCCAACAGUGAUGAUUUUGCAAAAAUGAGAGCUCCGUUUAUCCAUUGAGAUCUGGGGAGCCCAUGUCUCGAUAUUUCCGAUCCUGGCUAUUUCCCUUAGAGAAAAUAAGUCCUUUUUUUUCUGGCCUUGCUGAUGGUGACAGAAGAAAGGGCUUCUUUGCGUGGCCCCCUGCCAGUGGGGGUGGGUGCCCAGGGGGCCCCCUGUGGCCUGGGCCCCCUUGCCCAUGGCCAGCUUCCUGCUGAUGAACAUGCUGUUUGUAUUGUUUUAGGAAACCAGGCUGUUUUGUGAAUAAAACUAAUGCAUGUUUGUGUCACGAA